AUGGGUCAACAAAAUGCAGACAGAAAUAAAGAAUACAGGCAUGGAAAGACCUCUGUUUCACCAAGACAGGUAACAAUUCUACUGGCUGCAAGUGCUACACAUUUGCUUACGGAUAUGCAGUUCAGCUGGAAUGCAGUCCUGCCGAAGCUAGAGGACACUAGCAAGUUCAUAGUGACUAAGGAAGAUGUAGCAUGGCUUGGAUCUCUAACGUUCAUACUGAUCGCCCUGCUCUCCCCACUGGCGGGCAUUCUAGCGGAACAUAUCGGUCCGCGACGCCUGCUUGUCACUGCAAUGUUUCCCGUGGCCGGGGUCUGGCUCCUGAAGGCAUACGGUCCCUGCCUGUGGCUCCUGUACCUCGGAAGAGCCCUACUUGGGGUCAGUGCAACGGUUGUCUACACAGUACUGCAUCCGCUGAUUGCAGAGUUGUGUCCUGCCAGGAUUCGGGGACUGGCUUUAGUGCUUCCAGAAAUAUUCGGCUGCGUAGGAAUGCUGUUAUCUUACCUGCUGGCUUACUUUCUCUCUUGGGAAGCUGCCACUGCUGUUUCCGCUGCUCCUUUCGUGCCCUUGUCGUUCAUGCUGCUACUUGUGCCCGAGGUCUGUAUUUUAGGGGUUUCAGGUGAUGGAAACCACUUUGAAAAUUCCCCGUACUGGCUGGUGAGGAAGAAGAAAAUCGACGCAGCUGAGAAAUCUUUAAGAUUCCUUUGGGGACGAGAUGCCAAUGUGGACAGAGAACUGGAGGCAAUUAGGAGCACGACUAUUUCCGAACAGAAUAAAGUCAAGAACCAGAUAAAGAAACUUCGUAAAAGACACAACGCCAUUCCAGUUGUUUUGACAAUCAGCUUGUUAAUUCUAAAGGAACUUGGUGGAAGAGGACCAACUUUCACCUACUCUGUGUACAUGAUCCGUUACUCGGGAGUGCAGCUGGAUGCUUUCUAUUGUACAAUAUUCAUCGGUGUUGCCCGCCUUGCAAGCACUUGUGUAUCUGCUUGCAUUUCGGACGUGGUGGGUCGCAGACCCCUCCUUGUGGCGUCAACACUGGUCUGUGCGGUGUCCGAGGGCGUGGCUGGAACCUUCCUCACCCUGGAAGCGGAAGGUCCCACGUGGGUGCCCCUGGCAUCUGUGAUAGUGUUUGCAAUCGGUUACGGGCUAGGUCUUGGGCCCAUUUCUUGGGUCUACAUUGGUGAACUAUUACCCACACCUGUCAGAUAUCUGGGAUCUGCAAUGGCAAUAUUUGGUGGAUUUCUAACAUACUUUGUCCUCAAUCUUGUGUUCCUGAACAUGACAUCGUCUCCUGGCCUUGAGUUCACUUUGCUCCUCUUUGGAGGAGCAAAUCUGACAAUUGCCCUUCUAGUGUUGUUUUUUAUUCCCGAGACUGCAGGGCGAACGUUGCAUGACAUGGAUAAGGCAUUUGUGUCCAACCGAAGACAACAAGGUCGACAUAACUCUACAUUUGAGAUCGAUAUCAUCCCGUCAGUUGCAGACCGUGCACGCAAAUUUGAAGAUAGCUUGUUCAAUGCUGAAGAUAAACACAAGAAAAUGAAUGUGAAAACACUCAUCCAUUGUGCGAAAACAAAUUGUUUCAAAAGUAAGAUCAAUGAAAGCAGAAACGAUUCUGCCGAAAUGUGGAAACUGGUUAAGACACUAGUGCCAAAUAAGAAACAUAACACAGACAUUUCCCAAAAAUUCCAUAAAUGUUAUAGAACACUUUAA